AUGGCCAGUCGCUUCCCACCUCCACUCUGCACGGGGAGCUCCUGCCUCUCGUUGGGACCAAUCCCCGCGGCUCCGGGCUUUGUACGUCUCGACGUCUCCGUCCGUGCAGGAGAUUACUCUUCCGAGGUGAGCCUCAAUUGUGAUGUUUCCUCGCCUCUUCUGCAUCGAUUUUCUUCUUUCUUUUCCUUUCUGCAUUCUAUAUUCGGUUUUCCGUUCCUAUUUGACUAGGAUACCUUACGUUCUUCGUUCUUAAUGAUCGUGCAAUUGCGUGAUACUUCGUUUGAGAUACCAGAAAACCGAUACCGGCGAACGCGUAAACAUCGUGGAAGAACGAUCACUUGCCUCCGCACUAUUCGUCUCCUUUAUCACUCCGUGACUUCAUAUUUCUUUUCAGCCUUCAGCUUUUUCAGGGAGCGAAAGGAGGCUUUCUGGCCGCUGAAUUGCCAAUACAGGAAUAUUUUAGUUCGCAGUGCAUUGAAUUCGAAUGCUGAUUCGAUUACCAGAGGUUUCGUGAAGAAGAGGUAGCAUUUCGUACUCCUUUGCUAUUUUUUAUUUCUGUUUUUAUAUGCCAUAUGUUUGACUAUAUUUUUCUAUAUGAAAUUUUAAUUAUGUCUGAAGGGAACAAAAUAAUAACAGAGGAAACCCGUAGCUAAUUUUACUGAUCCUUUUAUUCGAAGCACUGGCUACAGUCCUGGAGGUUUCGUUGACUACAUUAAUCUUUUUCAUUAGGACACCAAUGCACCUAACUGUUCUGUGAUUUAUUGUUAUUCGAAACUUGGUAUGUCUACUGUAAAUUAAAAUUUCAGCCAAACCCUGGUUCUUAAAAACCGAGUUCGACCUGUUCAAUUAAUCGUUAAAACUUGCUGACUCUUCAACAUACAGUAACUUUGUUCAAUCGAAAGUACUAAUAUUGUUAAGAUCAUUAGGACCGUUUCUUCCGUGGGUAUAUACGUGGAUCAUUUACAUGCGGUAAUUUCUUCUUUAGGUGAAGGGUUUAUAUUUUUUUUCAAGUAGCAAGUGUCACAGAAACUCGGGUGAAAGUUACGAAAAAAAUGUACAUGUAUUUUUUCAUUUUUAUGAAGUUUUUGAAAGUGUAGGUGGUGUUUAGUUCCUAUGGCUAGUUUCCAGGUUAGUAGGAUGCAUUGAUUAUUAUUUAUUGAUACUCGAACAUAUUUUCCUUUUCUAAUUUUAAAUGAUGUCUAUUGUUCUCUGAAACGUAUACCUUAUAUAUUUUCUACUCAUAAAGAUAUUCUGUCUCUUCUGUUGUUCACAGUUAUAUCUCUCUGAUUUGUUGCUUACCCUGAAGCAAGCAUUCCUUCCAUAAAAUAUGUUCAGUGAAAGUCAUCAGACCGAUGCAUGUUUUUUAAUGUAUUAUAAAAUUACUUAGGGAAGAUCACUUCCUAUCUUCAACAAGUCAUGCUUCCAUACCCAAGACAUACGAUUUAAUGUCAGAUUCAAGUUAUAGGUACAAAAGUUCGAUUAAUGACCAGUAUUCCGUUCUUAAUGUGCCAGAAAUAUUGUGGAACACAUAUACCUUUUAAAAGCAAAGUCAGAAAUAUCAGAGGAGGAAGAGAAGAACAUGCUCGAUUAUCUAUAUACAUCGCAGUAUCAAAUGCGGGGAGUUCUUGCAAUAUCACUUGGUAAGGAUAUUUUCACCGUUUAAUAGCAUUUUCCGACAGUUUUAUUGGACGUGUCACAUUGUUACCCGCUUUGUUUCUGAUCUCCUCUCAUUUUUUGCAUUGAAAUAAGUAGAUUUUUCUGUACGAAUUUAUUUCAGAAGCGAGUUGUUGAACAAAACUGAAUGAAUUGCCAUUUUCCACGGAAAAAAGCACUGCACGAACACUGUUAAAGUCCCAGUGGCAGGAGUGCAGAGAAGCCACUGCUCAAUAGCAGAUAUAUUUUACAAUUUUCGGUUUUGGUGUGACGCCUAUGCAGCUGAUAAACAAUGUGAAAAUGGGCUCGAUUUUCAAGUUUUUUCCUUGUCUCUUUUCAGGAAUGUGUGAUUUGAUGGCAAUCAACAGAAGGUUACUGCUUAACAUUGAAAAUUUGAGAUUCUAAAACUGUGGCAAGAUUGCGAGCACCCCAGUUUAAAAUGAAGUUUUUACCAUUUACCAUUCACCAUUUUUUUCCAUUCCAUUGUCUUCUUAUUAAUUUUUCUCUUGGUAUUCUUUCCUUACUAGAGCAACCUUUGUCAUUGCUUCAGUUGGUAGUCUUCUUUUCUCUACUUUUUUUUUUUUUUGUAUCUCUUCCCAUGUUUAUUCACUUGGAUUUUGUGCAAGGGCUUCAUGUCUCUCUUUUUUUUUUCUCGUUGGUUCUUUUUAUUUAGUAGUAUGGGGUUCACUCUGCUUUUUUUCAUUAUUGACAUAUUCACUUUAACUCUAAAUAAUUAUGCAUACGUCACAGUUGUGUAUAUAAACUACCCAAAAGAAUCAUUCACUGGCUAGAUGAUCCAUUGAUGAUAAGAGAUUUGAACUACAUAUGCUAUGAUGAUUUUCACUGAUACACGAUUUUCCUUUAUGAUACUGAACAUGCUUAUAUGUGUAUUUUCCAUGUAUAACUGAUACUAAGUAAAAACUUACUGGUUAUCGUAUAAAUAAACUUGAGGUUUAGAAUGGUCUCAGAGAUGACAGGUGCUCUUGCGCUGCAUCCAUCUCAAUCAUGUUCUCCAUAUAACAAAGCCUAAUGAUCGGUAUAUACAUGUGAAUGACGCAAUAUGGUUUAUAAGUUUAACCUCAUUUUACUAUAAACGGGCCUACUCUGUUCGGUGUAAAUUUAAUUUAAAUUGAAUGAACAAAGCAUAAUUCUCUCAUUUCCUAAAGUUUACCUUAUGUCUCCGACAUCGCAGGCCGUAUUGUAGAUGCAAAUGCUGAUGGCUUUACCCAUGCAAUAUACAUGCGCUUUCAUAAGAAGGAAGAUCUGAGAAACUUCUAUGGAAACUCCGGCUACCUGGGAGUUCUUGACGAGUAUGUGAUGCCACAAUGCUAUGUACGCCCUAACAUGUAAUCACCAAGGCACCAUUUCCUUUAGAAGUUUUGUCUUGUGAGUGGCAUCAUUCAACCCUGUUCCGCUCACUGAUCCCUACGGUUUACUUUUUCUAGGAUUCAAUCUCAGUGGACUACGAAUCGGAGGUAGAGGACGACAUCCUGCCCAUAUUUCGGAGGGGAGAGGUCCGCCGACAGUCCUUUUGACUUUUUUCCAAAACUUUGGAAUGCUCGUUCAGUGCUAAAAUGCGACAUUCUUUGUCGGAACAGGAAUUCAACUACGGAGUUGAGUUCGUUCUUCUGUUCUCCGUCGUCGAGCACGCUCUUGAUGAUGCUGUGGACGAUGCCGUGGCCGCCCUCCAAGCUCUCAUCGACAAGUUCAGCUGGUUGAUCGUGCAGGCAACCCACGGUAUUUCAAAGACCCUUUUGGGUCUCGAAUUCUGUAUAGCUCUGAUUUCUCCUCUCCGUCCCUGUCAGGUUCUAAUUUCAGCCCGAGAGCCGGUGAGUACACCCACGGGGCGGUCAUACGCUUCCCGUCCGGUAAGAAGAAAGAGCAUCUCACCUCUUCUGUUCUCCUCCUACCCGUGUGUAUAUUCUCGGACUGGGCCAUUGACUUGUGCAGCGGAGGCCUUGGAGAGCUUCAGGGGGUGCUCCGACUACAAGGAGGUGAGCCCAUCUCGCCCUCUGCCUCCGUCCAUCUCCACCGCAGAGGAGAGCUUCACUGGGUUGGGUGUUUUCAUGGGCAGAUGUGGAGGGGGAAACUGCAGCCGAUAACAAGGAAGGCCCUCGCUGUGCAUUUCGCGGUGGACCCUGUGGGCACUGACGUGAUGUGA